AUGAAUUUAGAUAUAAAUAGACAAAAUUUAUUCACAACUAAGAGCUUUACCAGAGCAAACCAUAAAAACUUAUCAUUAAAAGAUAAUGUUAGCAAUAGAAACGUGGAAACUUCAAAGCAGGACAGUAUUGAUGAAAAUAACAAUAACGAAACUAUACAUAAUCAUGCUAUUAAUCCAGGAUUAUUUAGGUCAGCUAAACCUUUAAUACGCAAGAGUUUGAAAAGAAACAAGAAGCCAACGUUACAACUGGGAGAGUCUAAUGCUAAGAAGAAUAUAUUUGCUUGCGUUCCUACCAAUACCACAAUUGACGAAAUAAAUCAUACCAAUCGCAACGACACACAUAGUUUUACGCGUAAAAAAGAUAACGUUAGUUCUGACUCUACCACCAACACUAAUAAAAAAAAUUUUAAAUUACCGCCUUCUCCUGUUCAUGCAAGAGAACCAUCAAUAUCUGGCAUGAAUUCGUUGGCCGAUGAUUUCGAUAAGUUAUCUGUUUUCAAUAAUGAUAAUAAUAAUAUUGUUACGCAAGGUGCAACGAUACAAUUAGAUGACUUAGUUCAGUUAGGAAAAAUAGGUUCAGGUAAUUCAGGGACAGUUUUGAAAGUUUUGCAUGUACCCAAUUCCAAAAUUAUAGCCAAGAAAAUUAUACCAAUUGAAAAUAAUUUACCUCAAGUUAAGCAGCAAUUGAUUAGAGAGUUGACCAUAAUGCAAAAAAUUGGGAAACAUAACAAUAUAGUCGAAUUUUACAGUGCUUUUUAUAAUACCGUUACAACAAGCCAAACGAAGCUAGUAACACCGUUAAGUACCACAACUAACAUUGCUGGUGAUGAUGAAGAUUAUGUGAAUAAAUAUAAAUCGCCAAACGAAAGCCAAAUUUCGAAUUAUAACGCUGACGAUAAGGUUGAUGGCCGUGAAGAUGAUGAUCAUGACGAUGAAGACAACGCAGUUAUGUCCAACGAAAUUAUUAUUUGUAUGGAAUAUAUGAAUUUGGGAUCAUUGGAUAAAAUCCUAUCCACUUAUAAAAGAUAUUGUAGACGUAACGGUGUUCCGAUAUCACAACAAACUAGUUGGUUUAAUAAUGAUUUAGUGAUAUCAAAAAUAUCAUUUGGUGUUUUAAAUGGGUUAAAUUUUCUAUACACCAACUAUAAAAUUAUUCAUAGAGAUAUUAAACCAUCUAAUAUUUUACUCAAUAGUAAAGGCUAUGUCAAGAUUUGUGAUUUUGGUGUUUCUAAAAAACUUAUAGAUUCUAUUGCCGACACUUUUGUUGGUACAUCUACCUAUAUGUCUCCUGAAAGGAUCCAAGGUGGCGUUUAUACCACUAAAGGUGAUAUUUGGUCAUUAGGCUUAAUGAUUAUUGAAUUAUUAACUGGUGAGUUUCCACUAGGCGGCCACAAUGAUACCCCUGAAGGAAUCUUGGAUUUGUUACAAAAAAUUGUUAAUGAAGCUUCUCCCAAGUUACCUAACCCAUCAACCUAUACUAAAGAAUUAAAUGAUCUGGUGAAAAGGUGUUGUGUUAAGGAUGAAAAAGAACGUAGCUCUUUACAAGAGUUAUUGUAUCAUGAUUUUAUCACCAAGUAUUCGAAUAGUCCAGAGUAUGAUAGAGAAUUUAGACAUUGGUGUAAGAAAAUCAAGAAACUUAUGCAAGAAGAGAAAACUGUUAGAAGGGAAGAAAUGGAAAGGGCCAAAUUGCAGAAAUUACAGCAACAAAAUCAGUUACCGUAA